GUACUUCGUCGACUACAUCAUCCCGCCGAUGACUCGGACACGGAAUCGGUUCUACCGGUUCCAGGCAGGAGGGUUUGUGUGGUUCGCCGCUUUCGUGCUGCCGCUGCCCCGCUGCGGCAACUGCCCGGUCCGGUCUGCUGCUGCCACCCUGGCACCUGCUCGUGUGCUCUCUCCGGAUUCUCGGCCUUUGCGUGGGCGCUCCAGGUCGCCCCUGUCUCUACUUUCCGGUCCGGCGUCAUCUUCCGAUGCGGGUUUGGACCCUGAGCUUUUGGCGCUCUCCUCGGUCCCUCGGCCUCCGCGGCUUCCCCCUCCCUUCGACUCUCCGGAUCGCUCUUCCGACUCCAGCUGGGCUAAGGUUUCGCUUGACCCCUUGGUCCUUGGUGCCCUCUCCGGCUGGCCCUGUGAAUCGUUGGUCGGGUCUCGGCCUUCGGCCCUCGUAUCGCCCACCUGUGCUUCACUCCGGCGUGCCCUCCGGCUUCCGCCCUGUGCUUGCACCUUCUAUUCCUUUCCGGUCGG